GAUGUGAACGUCUGGAGCGUUGCUAAGCAUUAUAACGCUCUUGGAUCGACGACAGGCACGGUGGAUCAUGUUUUAAAAAGACAACAAUGUCUGAGUCGCAAAUAAACCAUCGUAUGAUUCGCACAGACACCGGACAAAAUGCUUAUGAAGCCUUUGAAAAUCAACUUAGAACACUGUGUCUUAAUGAGUUCCCAUGUGGCCUGGGCACAUGGCGAACAGAUCAAGAUUCUGUCCCCAACACACAAUCUGUUGUAACAUUGAAGGACUAUGGCAUUCAAAAAGAACAGGGUGAGGUCUUGGAAGAGUUGAUAACAUCUAAAUUUUCACCCUAUAGUGUUGACUACAGCUGGAGCGAUGAGGCUCAGAAGCUCCGGGAGACAGCGGUGCAGACUCCUUGGGUUGUUACUGAACAAUUUAUUCAAAACCAUUUCAAAACAUUAAGGAUUGUUGACAAACAAGUAAAUGAAGUUGAUGAAAGGCUGUUACAAUUUCCAAAUUUGAAAGAAUUAACAUUAAGUGCCAACAACCUAGAAAGUUUAAAUACCAGGCAUAUACCAAGAUCUUUAGAGGUUCUGGAGCUUGUUGCUAACAACAUAAGUGACCUUCGGCCCCUGUGUGACGACCCACCUUUAAACCUGCAACAUCUAGGUCUUGGUCACAACAAAAUUGCCUUCUUAUCGGACUGCCUUACAGAAUUUUAUUGGCCUAAUUUACUGUCUUUGGACCUAAGCCAUAAUAAUCUUAGUGGUCUGGUAGAUAUUGUCCAGCAACUUUUAUCUCUGAAUAAACUGAGAAACUUGAGCCUGAUAGCCAAUCCACUUGCAUUGAUCCCUGGUUACAGAGGAUUUGUGGUUGACAGCUUCAGGCAACUUUUAAUCCUAGAUGAUGUCAGGAUUAGUGCUGAUGAAAAACAUCAUUUUAAGGGAUUAGCAAGAAGAAAGGAUCUAAUUCUAGAUGAGACUAAGUUAUCAAUACAGAUUAAUAAAUUGAGUGGUGUCCCAAUGCCGCAAGAAAUGCUGGUUACUGAGGAGCUUCCUGAGUUUCCAAUAAUUGAGAGAAAAUACUACAUGGAAUUUACCUUCCUGGAAGAUAAAAAAACAAUGGAAGCAAGAACAGAACAGCCGGAGGGGGAAAAACAAAGUGAAGAAAACAAAGGAGUUAAUGAGGAGGGCGAAAUAACAGAUAUUACAACAGCUGAUGCAGCAGUAGGGGAAGUACCAGUUAAUGAAACAGCUGCUAUUACUAUGAAUACAGAUGGAACAUUCUUCACGGAAGCAGAUGAAAGCUGCGGAAAGACUGCAAGUGAUGCAAAUGAAGCAUUGACUUGCAAUGAUUCAAUGCUACCAGUAAAACUCAUCCAAUACUGUACAGAUAAACUUGCUUGGAAUGAAGAUGGCCUGGAUUUUAACUUCAGUUUGGACCUGUCGUUUGAUGACUUGAGAGCGUUGAAAGAAAGUCUUAGGCAGGGGUUACAAGUAGCUCUCAAAGAGGACAAGGUAUUGUGUACACCAGUAGAAGAAAGCACUAGUGAUGGUAGAGCAAGUACUAGCAGUAAAAAAGGGAAAGAUUCUAAAGAAAAGAAUAGAAAGGAAAGUGCUAAACAGAAAGACAAAGGCAAGAAGAAAAAGAAAGAGCCAGAGAUAGAAUUGGCUAGGAGCGAACCUGAGGUGAGGGUGUUGGCAAGGUAUCAUAUUGCCCUCCUUGAUUUUGUAGAAGGUGAGCACAACUACUCCAACGAAUGCAUCUUCGAAGUCGAGGAGCAAAAGAAAGCAGAGAAAGAGGAGCAGGAUGAAGUAGAAGGGAGCAAGGAAAAGAAAAAAAGGAAGGACUCUGCGAAGGGGAAAAGGGGAAAAGAUGGUAAAGUUUCUGACAAAGACAAAGAUUCAAAAAAUACUAAGAAGACGCCGGUAAAACCAGACAAGAAAGAAGGCAAGAAACGGCCAUCAUCGGGCAAAUCAAACCAAAGUGAGGAAGUGGAGGAAGAAGCACCCCCUACUCCCAUUAUGGCAAACAUCAAAGUAAUGCUACAUGAGUGGAAAACAGCUCAAGAUUCUGUUUCUUAGCAAAAUACAGAUGUGUGUCUUGAGGAUUAACAAAUUUCACACAUAAAUAAAUUUACUGUAUAUACCAGACUUACUUGUAAUAUUUAUAUUUAUUUUUCUAAUGUAAUCAUUUAUUAGAAUGGUUAAAAAUUUAAUUCAAACAAUUAAAAGUGCCCUACAAUAUCUGAUAUAGAUAAACUUGAUAAAAUAUUCAAAUACUUAAUUCAUAUACAUUGCGUUGUACGACGGUUGUAUGAAUCCAUCUCUGACACUGACUGAUUGUUGGUGGAUCAUCAUUAAAGCAAAUCAUUGUUUAUUAUGGAAUUCUCCCCAGA